CCCACGCCGGGCACGCCGCACAACAGCCGGGAGGCGGACGCCGAGCUGGACGAGGACGCCGAGCUGGAGUCCCCCCGCGACAACUUCACCGAGGACUCCGGGGAGUGCUCCUCCUACGCCGACCACCCCGUCAAGGUGGAGUGCCCCCCCUUCGCCAUCCCCGUGCCGCCGGGCGACGGCUUUAAAGAAAUCAAUGCUCCAACUAUUACCCCACCUCUCAAUCAGCCCAAAAGAUCAAAAAAGCGCCAUGCAAAUUUAACGUUGGAUAAAAUGAUGGAAAAAUUCCUGCAGCAGAGUGUGGAUACAGAGGAGAAGUUUUACAGAUACGAAGAGCAGAGGCUCAAAAUUGAGGACAAGCGUCGGGAAGCUGAGCAUGCUCGGGAGCUCCAGAUGUUACAGAUGUUGGGACAGAUGUUGGCAGGAAUUUCUUCUUCGGUAUCACAAAGGUCACAAUCUAUGCCAACGAGUCCACCUCAGAGAGCGAAUCAUCGUUCAUAUGGGGAUAACUUUAAUUAUAAUGCUAUGACAGCAGCACUUUCUCCACCGAUAGUUAUAGAGAGAUCUUUUUCACUGCACAGAACACACUCUCUAAAGGACAUGGAGAAUAUUUUUCAACUGGUGCGCAAUGUUAUCCCUCCUCUAACAGGGAAGAGGCAUAAAGGUCAAGAUGGACGUAUAGGCAUUGUUGGAGGAUGUCAAGAGUACACUGGAGCACCGUAUUUUGCUGCAAUUACAGCUCUCAAAGUGGGUGCAGAUUUAUCCCAUGUGUUUUGUACCAAAGAUGCAGCAACAGUAAUCAAAUCAUAUAGUCCAGAGCUGAUUGUUCAUCCAGUUCUUGGUAGUCCUAAUGCUGUCCAUGAGGUGGAAAAGUGGUUGCCACGACUGCACUCAGUUGUCAUAGGACCUGGCUUAGGUAGAGAUGAAGUUCUACUUGAGAAUGCUAAGGGUAUUAUAGAAAAAUCGAAAGUGAAAGGAAUUCCUAUCAUUAUUGAUGCUGAUGGACUGUGGCUCAUUUCCCAGCAGCCUUCCCUUAUUCAAGGCUACCAGCGAGCUAUCCUUACUCCAAACUACAUGGAGUUUAGUAGACUGUAUGAAGCCAUGCUUAGAGACCCCGUAGACAGUAGUGAUCAUCAUGGAUGUGUAUUAAGACUCAGCCAAGCCAUGGGAAAUUUGACAAUUGUUCAAAAGGGAGAAAGAGAUCUUAUUUCAGAUGGAGAGAAAGUACUUGUAUGCAGCCACGAAGGAAGCAGCCGGAGAUGUGGUGGACAGGGGGACCUCCUCGCUGGUUCUCUUGGAGUCUUAGCGCACUGGGCAUUUCUUGCUGGAGCAGAAAAAACAAAUGGUCAAAAUCCCUUUCUAGUGGCUGCUUUUGGAGCUUGCUCUCUCACGAGGCAGUCUAACCACCAAGCCUUUCAAAAACUGGGACGUUCAAUGACUGCCUCCGACAUGGUUUCAGAAGUCGGAACAGCUUUUAGCAAACUUUUUGAAACCUGAAGCCAAAGCAGCAGCAGAGAAGAAGAAGCAAAAAGGAAGAACAAUGACUGCAAGAGUAAUUACAUUUACCGUAGAAUUUACAUAAGUAAUGCACCCUUUCAAGUGCUGUAGCAGCAUUGGUAUGAUGAUAGGUAGAUUUUUUUUAUUUUUCAGAAUAGAAAAAUAUGAUUAAUGUAGAUAUUUUUUAAGAGUUUGGAAUAUGAAAAUGUUUUGGCUGAAAUAAGCUGUAGUCGCAGAUCUGUUAUAAUAUAAUAAAACUAAACUGAAAGUAUUCCUCUGUUCUUUUUGAUAGUUAUUGAGCAAUAACUAAAGUGUGAACAGCAAAAAAAUAAUAAUAAUAAUGCACUUGAUACUUAGAUAAAAAUUCUUCCACCAGCUCAACUGAAUUUUCUUGGAUUGCACCAAGGUUGUCAUGUUUUCAUUCUUAGACCCUCUGUCUAGAAUUAGCUAUUGCAUUUCAUUUUUUGCCACGCUAGCAUAUCAAGAAGCAAAAUGUCACCCUCUUUGGAAAGGGAACGCAUGAGAGUCGCUGUAGAUUUUGAAUGUAAUUAGUUGCCUUUUUCCCAUUCCCAGUCCCAGAGGCAGCGUUGGUUCCGACAGUACCCCCCUUCCUGCAACACCUUGGGUUUUUUUGGAAAAGGCUCCCCCCGUCGCAGAAUAAGGAUUUACUGUAGGUAUCUUAGCAUUAAACAGUAAUUAUGCUUUUACCUGGGAAAAAAAAAAUAAAUUUCUAUUCCUUUAGCUGGCCUUGACUCAUCUAGAACUCGAUAGGAUGAACUUUGUGACAUUAUCAUUUGGAGAGGUGCUAGGCAGGGUCAGAAACGUAGUGAUACCCGACAGGCUCUCGGUGAUCACGGAAGAGCAAAGUGCUUUUUAAACCCAAAUGAAGUUCGAGCUCUGAGAAGAUGAGUGUAGGGAGACGUAGGUGGCUUUUUUUUGGCUCGUUAUCCUUCAUGGAGACGGCCGACUCCUGCUGUGGGGCCAUACCCAGCGGGCUCUGUUGGCAGGGCAGGCGAGCGUCGGGUAUAACGGGGAAGCUGCACUGGAUUUUUGCACAGUAUCCUUUCUUCAGUUUUGGGGAAUUCAGUCAAAGCUCGUAGGGAUUGAACCGAUACGGAGAGAGGGGUGAGUUCAGGCAGAGGACAUUUAAAAAACUUCCAGAAGUGGGUCCUGCCCCUAAACCCCCAGUCUGGCUCCUGGUGUAUAUACUCCUUAAAGCACCUACAGGAACAAGCGUGCAGCGUGUCUGGUGACUGCACUAGAUGUUAUAUAUUCAUUACAGCCCCCCCCCUUUCCAGUGAUCCAGCUCCAGGUUGGAACACAGUGCCCUGCGUUCCCCUACCUCGCAAUAGCUGCCCAGGGAGGGCACCUGGAAUCAGAGAGGCUGCUCCCAGUGUGUCCCUCCUGCCCCUGAUAGUCGUUAGUUCUGGAUGCACUGUGACUACUACCUCACCCCGAUGCAUUUUUUUUUUUUGGUUUGUUUGGUUUGUGUUUUUUUUCUUUUUAAACCAGUUACCUAUUUUUAAAAUAGGUUUUUAAAUGUUUGCUCAUGUUGGUCUAUGAGGGUUCACAGACUUUUUAGAUUAGAGCAACAUCUGCUCCUAAGAGAUGAGCUUCUGGUGUUCAAUAUCAGCAGUUUUGUAAACUAUCAUCUACAACUUUGGGGAAACUAAGCUGCUACUGGUUUUCCCCCUAAAACUAUUUGAGAUGCCCAAGUCCUUUUUAAAUAAAAUCAGAAAGUUAAACCUGAUGUUAAAACAGCUUACUUGAUUUCCUUUAAAAUGAGCGUUUCUUUUGUAUUUAGAACAUCAGUGGUACUAUCACCUAAACGGCAUUUGUAGGCGAAGUCGAUCAAUUAACAGAGCUCAGUCCAGAUUGCAACCUGCCCUCUUGGUUUUAAAGCUGCACAGAUGCUGUAACUCUGUUAUCCACUAAUGUAUACAAAUUGUUACCAUUUUUAAACAUUCUGGAAAUGUAGCAGUUUCUUUUGGUAGGAAAUAAAAAUAAUAGCAAA